ACCACGGCGAUGUACUCAGCCAUCAUUCACCUGCAUCGACAUCAAUUUGCACUCCAAUGGCCAGAGCUGCGGCAGAGGACAUGAAGGUUUUGGGUGACCCGCUGAGCCCCUUCGUCAUCAGGGUUCUCAUCGCCCUCCGCCUCAAGAGAGUCGAGUACGAGUUCGUGGAGGUGCAGUUAACGGAGCCGAAGAGCGACAUCCUGGUGAAGUCCAACCCGGUGUACAAGAUGGUCCCCGUGCUGCUCCACCGCGGAAAACCUAUCUGCGAGUCCGCCGUCAUCGUCCAGUACAUCGACGAGGAGUGGUCUGACGACGGCGGAUCCUCCUCCAUCCUCCCCGCCGACCCCUUCGAUCGCGCCAUCGCUCGGUUCUGGACCGUCUACAUGGACGACAAGUUGACUUAUUUAAUUAGGGCUUUGAUUGGGGAGAAGGAGGCGGCCAAGGUGACGGAGUUGGCCGGUCAAAUUCGGCAGGUGCUGGGUCUACUGGAACAGGCCUUCACGGAGUGCGGCAAAGGGAAGGGCUUCUUCGGCGGGGACGCCGUCAGCUACCUGGACAUCGCGCUGGGGAGCUUCCUGGGGUGGAUCAUGGCGCUGGAGAAGGGUAAAAGCGUCAAACUUUUGGAUGCGGAGGAGCUUCCUCCGCUGGCGGGAUGGGCGGAGCGGUUCCUAGCGGAGGAAUCAGUGAAGGGGCUGGUGCCGGACGCCGACGAGCAUCUGAAGAAUUACGAAGUCGCGACGGUGAGGACGAGCGCUACUCCUGCUGCAUAAGAUCUUGUGAGAUCAUAAAUGAUGUGAAAUUAGGAUUUGUGAGUCGAGAAUUCGCUUGAAAACAAUAAAUAAAUGGGUUUUAAAUACAGUUUAUAAAUUUCAGUGAUAAAUAAUGGAUUUAGAGUUUGAUAUUUAGGUACGAUGUAUUA